AUGGCGGCUGUGCCGCAAUCGACAUUGACAUGGCUUUGGAAUGUGCUUACCAAGAACCAUUACGACCCCAGACAGACAUACCGCGACCCCAAUCGCACAUAUCAUGAUGUCGCUCGAAUGCUGGCGCAGUAUCCAUCUUUUGGACCGCGAACAGAUGUAUACACAUACGAAAAUGGCACGCCGUCGCUUCUCCUUCACCUCGUCGGCACAUUACCGGUCUCCUUCCGCGGCAACUCGUAUAAUAUUCCGAUAGACACUUGGAUCCCAAGUGCGUAUCCUCUUGAAGCUCCGAUUGUAUAUGUUACUCCGACACCGGAUAUGGUCGUGCGAUCUGGUCAGCAUGUUACGCUGGAGGGGCGGGUAUAUCAUCACUAUCUGGCGCAUUGGCAUGAGACAUGGGAUCGAUCCUCGAUCGUCGAGCUAUUCGCAGUCCUACGAGAUAUCUUCUCCAAAGAACCCCCCGUCAAAGGCAGACCUCAAUCACGACCAAUACAACCCGAAACCCCACGAUCAGCUCCUCCGCCCGUCCCUCCUCUUCCCCCAGAGCUCUCUACGUCUCCCAGGCCAGUCGAAACACCACAACACCAACCAGCGCAACCAGCGCUUCCAAGACCGCCCCAACUACCGCCAAAACCUGGCCAGACAGCUCCUGUACAUUCUCCGCUGUCGGCAGUACAUACACAUGGGCCCGCAGUCCCCCCAUUACCUCCAAAGGCACAAAAGGGACAGAUUCAAGAAUGGCAAGCUCCUAUAAACGCGGCUGCAGCCCAAUUAAAUCGGUCCGGCAGUUUGCGAGUGUCGCAACAGGUGCCUGUUAGUCCAAACUAUCAGCGAGAGGCAUACACUGCUUCACCUGUGCCUUUACAAACUCCGGCCCAACAGAUGCCGAUUCCUCGACAGUAUUCGGGACCACAAUCUCCGCAGGGCUAUCAGCAGAAAUAUCCGCCUCAGACGGCUGUACCAUAUCAGGGUAAUCGCUAUCAGCAGCCGCCCCCUCAGUCACCUACACAAUCGAUGACUGCUCCGAAACCUCCAAAACCAGAAACUCCCGAUCUACUCACAUCACCGUUCGAUGUUGAAUUACCAUCUAUAACACCAACGGGUCCUCCACCCCCCGUACCACCAAACCCCGAGAAGGAUGCUCUUUUGCACACAUUGUCCCGAACACUGACCGAGAAUCUGCAGGGAAAUGUAUCGCAGUCCAAAUCUGCCGUGGCUUCUCUGCAGUCUCAGUCUCAGGCUCUAAGCUCUGCCAUGAUGACUUUACAAGGCGAACUAGCCACGCUAAACAACUUCAAAGCAACAAUAGAAUCCAACAUCAGCAUCCUCCAGCAAUCGCUCCAUCGCGCAGAUGCAGUAAUCGCAGACGCCAAAGCUCGCACGUCUCAAACCUCUGAUCAACCCACUACAACAGCAAAUGGACUCCCGCCCAUAGACGAGGUCCUCGUCGCUCCCACAGUUGUUGGCAAACAGCUUUAUGAUCUAGUUGCCGACGAGCGCGGAAUCCAAUCGGCCAUUUAUGCGUUACAAGCAGCACUUGUCAAAGGAGUGAUUGGAGCUGAUACAUGGUCACGUCAUACGCGAAGCCUGGCUCGAGAAGCGUUCAUUAAACGAGCAUUAAUUCGGAAGAUUGCUUUGGGCAUGGGAUUAGAUGUGGGAGAGGAUACUUUUCGGGCUGACUCAUAAUGGCUUAUAAAUUAGUCGCAACAUGGCAGUUGCAAUUUGCCAAUACGUACUUAGCAGCCAGCACGCAAGGAAUAAGAAAUGUUUUGUC